AUGCCUAGCGAUAAGGGAUACAGCUACAAGAGCUCUGGCACUAACAGCCAGGGCAACCACUACUGCAGUCGCGACUACGGCAACGGAUCCAACAGCUAUCACUACUCCAACACCAACGGGUCUUAUUACUAUUCCAACCCUAAUGGAAGUACCUACUACAACAAUGGCAGCGGCGGUUCCACCUACACCCCUCCCAGUGGAAACGGGGGCAAGAAGUGA